AUGGAUUACGGGAGCUCUGUGUACAAUAACGCAAGCAAAAGUAACCGCAAUAUUCUUGCUGUCGUCAACAACCAAUCCUUGAGAAAAGUCACGGGAACUACUAGAAGCACACCUAGGAACGUACUGGUCGCUCUUAGUGGUCAAGAGCCGGUAGAUCUUAGGAACACAUAUAUCGCUUCGAGAGAAAUCUGUAGGCAUAUGUCAAGAAAUAAUCUGAUCGCGCGUCAAUUAAGAACAAUCGAAUUACCAGACGAUGUGAACAAAUGGAAUCAGUUCACCUACAUGGAAAGAACUUAUUGGAUGAACAGAGAACUAUUCGAUAGCAUUCAAUCCAUCGAGCGUUCUAGCAACCUGUUAAAAGUCGAAGUAUUUCCUUUUUUAGAAGGGCUAACGGUAUCGAAACAAAACUCAAAUCCAAUGAGGCUGAAGCAACUGGCACUCUUCGUUAUGAACGGCAGAUAUCGAGGUCGUUGCCGUGUUUUUACAGAUGCCUCUAAGGAUGGGUCGGUUUGUGGUAUAGGAGUUUUUGUAGAACAAACAAGAACGAGAUUAUCACAAAAGCUUGCUAAAGAAACCAGCAUCACCUCUGCGGAACUAUUAGCUAUCCACAAAGCCACAGAAAUGAUCGACCAGCAGUGUCUCGAGGGAGCCGUGAUCUACACGGACUCGCAAGCGUCGUGCCUGAUGUUACUUAACGCACAGGAAUCCAAGGAAGCCGAAAGUAUUUUGCUGAAAAUUCUACAAAACUGUUCACGACAUCGGAUCACCAUCCAAUGGAUACCAAGCCAUGUCUCUAUUGGUGGCAACGAAGUGGCAGAUGCACUGGCAAAACACAGUCUCCAGUCAGGACAGGUGAUCGAAAACGGGUACAUGCUUACGGAUGGUUUCAACGCUCUGAAGAAAAUACUGGCUGAAAGCACAACAGAUUGGUACACACGUUACUCUACUGAAAAAGGAAAAAUUUUCCAUACGAUACAACCGGAAUUUUCCACCGCACCAUGGUUUGUGGGAAAGAACCUAAACGGAAAAGAUGUAAGGCUACUAAAUCGCUUGAUGGCCGGCCACGACUUUUCCAAGCACUGGCUGGCGAAAAUGAAAAUAAACGACGAUGCUGACUGCGAACUUUGCAAAGUACCUGAAACUUCAAAUCACAUCAUUUUCUGCUGCCCACGUUUCGCCACGACAAGGAGGAAGUACGAUUUCUAUACCAAGUACACGAAUCUGCAGGAGCUAUUCAAAUCUAAAGAAAUAUCCCAUUACGAAGAAGUAGCUAAAUUCACCAAAGAAAUCAAAAUUGAUUUGUAA